GGCGGGUCGGCGCCUUUGUGUGAGCCGGGCCGGGAUGGUGCGGGGCGCCGGGCGGAGCCCCUUGCCCUGCCAAUUCCUGCUCCCGCCGCGGAUGAAAGCGUGAAGGCCGAGCUGACCAGCAGAAAGGGCUCUUGAAGCAGCUGCUAAGAUGGGCAUGAGGAUCAAGCUGCACAGCACCAACCACCCCAACAACCUGCUGAAGGAACUCAACAAGUGCCGCCUCUCCGAGACCAUGUGCGACGUCACCAUCCUGGUGGGCUCCCGCUCCUUCGCUGCCCACAAGGCCGUGCUGGCCUGUGCUGCUGGCUACUUCCAGAACCUCUUCCUCAACACUGGGCUGGACGCUGCCAGGACCUACGUGGUGGAUUUCAUCACGCCAGCCAACUUUGAGAAGAUCCUGAGCUUUGUGUACACCUCGGAGCUCUUCACCGACCUCAUCAACGUGGGGGUGAUUUAUGAGGUGGCGGAGAGGUUGGGCAUGGAGGAUCUGCUGCAGGCUUGUCACUCCACCUUCCCUGACCUGGAGAGCUCGGCCGUCACCAAGCAGCCUGCUCUGUCAGUGGGGGAAGGCAGGGCUGGGGUGCUGAGCAGCACCUCCUCGGAGCAGAGCCACCCUUUGGGGGACAUCCGGGGUGGUGUGGAGCAUUUCGGCCCUGAGAGGAAUUAUCUCCUGCACGGGGACGUGGUGGGAAGCUACAAAGAGGAUGAGAGGAGUGCUGUGGGUGAGGCCAGCCAGGCUCUUCCCCUGAUGCACCCACAGCAGCCUCCCAAGACAGAGCAGGAGUGUGAUGCAGGACAAUUCACUCCAGUCACGGGUCUGGGGGCUCAGCCUGGCGGGAAUGUCGUGGCACAAACCACUGGCAGCUCCUGCCCUCAGUUCAAGGCCCAGAGCAAUGGUGACUACAGCAAGGGUGGCUUCUUCCCCACUGACCCCUCCCUGGAUGUCUCCACGGGGAGCAAUUCCUGCCCCAGCAACAGCGACCACUCCAAAGAGCAGGGAUUCGAGCAGAUGGAUGAGCUCCAGCUGGAGGAUUUGGGGGAGGCCGAGCUGCAUUUUGAGGAUGCUGGAGAAGAGCUGGUCCCGUCUGAGGAGGUGAUUGAGCUCAGUGAUGACAGCGAGGAGGAGCUGGCCUUUGAGAGCGACAACCGGGACAGCAAGGCCAUGCCCUGCCAGGUGUGCAAGAAGGUUCUGGAACCCAACAUCCAGCUGAUCCGCCAGCACGCCAGGGACCACGUGGACCUGCUCACAGGGAACUGCAAGGUGUGUGAGACCCAUUUCCAGGACCGUAACUCCAGGGUGACCCACGUGCUGUCCCACAUUGGCAUCUUCCUCUUCUCCUGCGACAUGUGCGAGACCAAGUUCUUCACGCAGUGGCAGCUGACGCUGCACCGGCGGGACGGGGUCUUCGACAACAACGUCAUCGUCCACCCCAGUGACCCCCUCCCGGGGAAGGUGGCUGUUUUUGGGGGAGGGCCCGGCCCUGAGCUGGCCUGUGCUGCCUGUGGGAAGCCCUUGGCCAAAGAUUUCCACACGGUGCGGAACCACCUGCUGGAGCACGUGAACCUGAAGAGCCAAACGUGCGGCGUGUGCGACCAGCGGCACCUGAGCCUCUGCAGCCUGCUGUGGCACGCCCUGUCCCACCUGGGCAUCUCUGUCUUCUCCUGCUCUGUGUGUGCCAGCAGCUUUGUGGACAGGCAGCUCCUGGAGAAGCACCUGGCCGUGCACCAGCACGUGGAGGAGGCUCUUUUCCAGUGCCACUUCUGCAGCCAGAGCUUCAAGCUGGAAGCCGCUUACCGCUACCACGUCAGCCAGCACAAGUGUGGGGGCAGCCUGGACAUCAGGGCAGGGUUUGGGGAGCGCCUGCAGCCGCAGGGGCUGCCCAAGAGGAAGCUGCCUGAGGAGUUUUUGAGCGAGGAUCUGGCUCUGCAGAACCAGCCGGGGAACAGCAAGUACAGCUGCAAGGUUUGUGGCAAGAGGUUUGCCCACACCAGCGAGUUCAACUACCACCGGCGCAUCCACACCGGGGAGAAGCCCUACCAGUGCAAGGUGUGCCACAAGUUCUUCCGAGGGCGUUCCACCAUCAAGUGUCACCUGAGGACGCACUCGGGGGCCCUGAUGUAUCGCUGCACGGUGUGUGGCCACUACAGCUCCACGCUCAACCUGAUGAGCAAGCACAUAGGGGUGCACAAGGGCAGCCUCCCGCCCGACUUCACCAUCGAGCAGACUUUCAUGUACAUCAUCCAUUCCAAAGAGGCUGAGAAAAACACGGAUAGCUGAUGGGGAAGAAGAGAUGGAGGAGGAAAAAGGAAAGGAAAGGAAAAAAAAAAGCAAGUUGUUUUGUUUUAUUUAAUGGUCAGGCAUCAUGGAUGGAAUUUUGCUUUUUGUUUGAUUUUUUUUUUUUUUAAUUAUUAUUUUUGGGCCUUCCUAGGGCUUUUUAGAUUGGUGGAGUUGUACAAAUUAACAGCACGUGAGGUACAUCACUGUUUCAAGGAGUCUGUCGUGUUUACUUACCUCUGGUCCUGUUAGAGGCCAUCUGUGCUAUUAGCAUUUCUCACUAGUUUUUAAGCCUAGAUUCAAUUUUUUUUUUAAACCUUUUAGCCCACUUGACCAGGCUAAGCUUGUCCACAAACUGAUGCUGCUAAGAUUUUCACACCUGACCUCAGUGGAGAGGGACAAGAGCCACAGCAGGCGCUGGACUCGAAAGGAAAGGAACAAAAGAGAAAGAAAAAGAGAAAAAAAAAAGGAAAGAAAAAAAGACAUUCAGGGCAUCCCUGGUGCUCUGCUGCUACUGCCAGGAGAGGAGCAAAGUGUGCUCUGGGGAGAGGAGCAGGAAGCACCUGAGUGUGUAAACAAGGAGGGGUCCCAGCAGGGAUCAAGGAGCAGGAGAUUCACAAACGAGGAGGGAUCAGGAGCAGGGAAUUCACACAUCCCCAGGCCCUGUUUGCUCUGCCGUGCCCUGAGACCUUGGAGAGGAGGAGCUGAAGGAGCCCCAGGACCUCCCUGCAGAGGGAGAGGUGGCUGUGCGAGCACGGAGAUCUCCUGCAGGAUCGGAGAGGGAGGGGAGGAAGCUCCCUGCUCCUUUUGGGCUGAUUUGUGGUGGCCACAGAGAGCCGGGACUGUCCUGGCAGUGCCCUGGGCAGGUGAGUCAGGAUGAAGCUGUUGCCUUAACUCCCUGGAAGGAGGAGGAGGAGGAGGAGGAGGAGGGAGGACCCUUCUCCUCCCACACCCUGGACGCGUUCCUGUGGCAAACCCGUGUGCUUGGAGUGGUGUGAGUUUGUUUGUUCGUGGAGUGGGAGCCACAGCGAUGGCUGGGCACUGCUGGGGGGGCUUCCCUGGGUUUGGGGGGCUCCCCUGGGCAUGGAGUGGGCAUGGAGGGGCUCUUCUGGGUGUGAGGAGCUCUCCUAGGUGUGGAGGGGCUCCCCUGGGUGUUGGGGGCCAUGGAGGGGCUCUCCUGGGCGUGGGAGGCUCUCCUGGCUGUGGAGAUGCUCCCCUGGGUAUGAAGGGGCUCCCCUGGCUGUGGGGGGCUCUGCUG